AAAAAGUCUAUUUGUUCCAAAUUUCUAUUUCACAUUUGACUCUUCCCACAAUUUCCUUUCUAUUUCUCUCUCUGCCCCCGUUACAAGAACAACCAACACAUCUCGUUUUUUCCUCCUUCUCCGUCUUUCUCUUUCGAUCUCGCUUUUUGACAAGGUUGUUGGUUACCAACGUUGUACUUGCUAUCGUGUUUCUUGGUAAGAAUCGGCUCAUAAGGGAACCUUGAUUUGGACCUGAAUAAGGGGAUAAUCAAACGAGACAAAAUGCUGGAAUUUAUUGGAAAGAAUCAACUAUGAUUCAAUUACAGCAAGUUGUUUGGAAGAGGACCUUGUGCAAGCCAUUCUAUGUCUUCUGUUAAAAGGUCUUCACACGGGCUUAAAAAUGAUGAGAUUCAGGGUCAAGGCUCUGAAAUUCUAGAAAGGCACAAUGUUGAAACACAACUGGCUCAAAACACUUUCAAAAGCAGUGAUGCACUCAAUCACGUCAAUGACCUAGAAACUAUGGAACUUUAUUCACGAGCAAGAGGUCAAGAAGAAGAGAUCCUCUCCCUUCGUGAACAGAUUGCAGUUUCAUGUAUGAAGCAGGAGUUGCAGCUUUUGAAUGAGAAAUGCAAACUAGAGAGGGACCUUUCGGAACUAAGAAUGGCAGUCGAUGAAAGGCAAAAUGAAGCGAUCACAUCUGCGUCAAAUGAUCUGGCUCGAAGGAAAGGUUAUCUAGAAGAAAAUUUAAAACUUGCCCACGAAUUGAAAGUUGCAGAGGAAGAGAGAUAUGCCUUCAUGUCAUCUAUGCUGGGAUUGUUGGCUGAAUAUGGUCUGUGGCCUCGUGUUAUGAAUGCCUCUUCAGUAUCCAAUUAUGUAAAGCAUUUACAUGAUCAAUUACAAUGGAGGAUACGGAAUUCGCAUGAUAGAAUUGGAGAGUUAACUUCUGGGAUAGAAAACCAUGCAGAUACUGGUAAUAAUCAUGUUGUUGAAAGUCCAAAUUCUGCAAAAUCGACAAAUCACGCUCAGAGUGAAUUCAUGUUUCAGCAUAACUUUCCCCAGCAAAAUCUUAUCGGAAAUGAACAAAAUCAUCAACCAAUGAGCAAAAUGACAGGAUAUAUGAACCCAGUUGUUAGUGGUGAUGUAAACGGCACAUUCAAAAGGGUAAACUAUCAGGAGAUUUCUAAGGCUGAUAGGGACAUAUCUUUCUUCCGACAUGGUUCAAUUGAUCAAAUUGGUAUGCAAGAGAGAAGUGGAGAAAGAAAUUUUGCAAAUGGCAAUGGCAACCUGUAUCAACUUCCACUUGAUCAUGAUGAGACUGCCUCCUCUGUUUCUGAGGAUGGCCCCGGCAUUGAGAAUUUUCAAAUUUGUGGCGAUGCUAUUCCUGGAGAAAAACUUCUUGGAUGUGGAUAUCCUGUUCGUCGAACUUCUCUUUGUAUGUUUCAGUGGGUUCGGCAUCUUCAGGAUGGCACUAGGCAGUACAUUGAAGGAGCCUCAAAUCCAGAGUAUGUAGUUACAGCGGACGAUGUUGAUAAAUUGAUUGCGGUUGAGUGUAUUCCAAUGGAUGAUAAAGGCCGUCAGGGAGAGCUAGUGAGGCUUUUUGCUAAUGACCAGAACAAAAUAAAAUGUGACCCAGAAAUGCAGCAUGAGAUAGACACAUACUUGUCUAAAGGAGAAGCAAUGUUCAGUGUUCUACUUCUGAUGGAUUCUUCUGAGAAUUGGGAACAAGCAACUCUAUUCUUACGACGAUCAGGAUACCAAAUUAAGAUAAAUGGUACUGAAGCUCCAGUAGUUGCUGAGAAAUUCUCGAAGGACUUAUCGAUUAAAGUUCCAUGUGGUCUCUCAACACAAUUUGUGUUAACAUGCUUGAAUGGAUCUUCUCAUCCUCUAAGCACAUAUAGCGUCCGAAUGCGAGACACACUGGUGUUAACCAUGCGACUCUUCCAGAGUAAGGUAUUGGAUGACAAAAGGAAAGGAAGAGCAUAACAUAGAUUUUGAUACCAGAUCGAUGAAGCAAAAAUUACAGUAUCAUUUAAUUAUUGGUUUU